CUUGACACUUUAGGGCGGAGCCAAUGGGUUGGGGCUAGUCGAUGUAGUCGUGUCAGCAUGCUAAAAGUAAAAUAGUCAUACAAAAUAAUAAAAUUUUGUAAAAUUUCAAGAUACUGCAUGAAAAGUAAAUGUAAAUAUGAACAGCAAAAGCGAUAAGGGCUGCCACAUACUUUACGAGAGACAGGAACGCAUCUCGAAAGAGAAGGGCCAGCGCAUCUACAUUAAAAAAACCCAGACCGAGGUGUGUGAGCUGUUUCGUCGCACAGCGGAUAAAAACAACGCUGCAAGCAAGAAAGCGCGGGACCAGACCCAGCAGAAAGUCUGCGAGCUGAACCAGCGGAUCAAGCAGGAAAUAGAACAGCUGAAGCUCUUAAGCCACAAUAUUUUACAAAAUCCCGUCGAGUCCAAAGCUUCAGAGUCGGAUAUGGAACUGCACGAUAAUAACGCCGAAGCGCGACAGUCCUUGUCUGGAAACCAAGAUAACGACACAGAAUCUUCCCAAGAAGACAUGAGCUUCCGCACAGUGGGCCUGAUACAAAAGAGGAACAAGCGGGUUGAAGGCGGCUGUAAUUACGUAACCCGGCAGAGGGUCACUAACCACGACCAGAACACACUGUCUGUGUAUCAGUGUGAUUACGGAAACCCCUCAAGAUUCAUCGCCUAUUUUCCCGGUGCACAACGACAGUUUGAAGAUGACAACUGUGUAUGCUGCGCGCUGCGAGCAAGUGUUCCCAUACCCGUAUUGACUAGUCAGAACUGUCGGUAUCAGCCUAGCUGGGAAUGUGUCAGUUCACGUCCGUUAAGUCCGCGAACGGCAACCGAUCUUAACACUGAGCACUUCUGUCGGAAUUGGUGUUCAUGCAUUCCGCCCGUUAGUACCCUGAAAUGCAAACAGAAAAGCCGGCGUAAUUCGGAGGAACCGUGCGGGUCGAAGAGCCGGAGCUCCUCAAAAGCUGUAAAAUCGCUGGACGACAAGAUGCGCAAGAAGAUUAAGAAAAGCGGAGCCAAAAUCGACUCGGCUUCGUUAGACCAGUAUAAGGUACAGAGUUCCGAAAAGCUUAUUAUGGUCACCAUGAAAAAGGAACCAAAGUCCCUAUCAGCCGCACGCCAGCGUCAGUCAAAAGCUCGAGCAGGCGAAGAGAUUUCCCAAACAGGAAUGGAAAAGUCCACUUCCGCGGACAAGCAAUCGGAUGAGAGCAAGGAUAGCAUGUAUCGCGACUACAUGGACAAGUAUAGAAAGGAAAACGGUAACGCAGAAAAAUUUGGUGGAGCAGCAAACCUCGCACAGGAUUACGCCCAGGUUGAUUGGUUUGCAGAUGGUUGUGGUCCUGGCUAUUGUGAAACGGAUCCCAUUUGCUCCGCUGACAAGAGAAUUGGGCAGGGCAGAGCCGAGUGCCGCAUAAAAAAAUGCGUUUGCGUUGCACAAGAAUCACAAACUGAUGAAGAAUACACAAAACAUCGCUACACACAGGAACAAGCCCAGGUUGAUGGCAGUGAACCGAAAUCUGGACAAGAGGAAGUCCGUCCAGAAGGGUAUGUAGAUCUCGAGGAAUCCACAAAUGACGAAAGAGGGGACGGGGACGAAAGGUAUGUCGAUCGUUGCGGUCCUGGCUAUUGUGACAAGGAUCCAAUGUCCAGCCCUGAUAAUCAAGUUGAGAGGAGCAGAGGCGUGUGCGACAAAAAAUGCUCUUGCAUUUCCCAGGAAGUCCAGACUGAUAAAGAAUCGAUCAAGCAGGAGACGACGUUGACCCAAACGGAUCUACAGUCGCUAGAGAAACCCACUCAAACCGAUCUCCAGGGAAGUAAACACGAGACACUCACCCAAACGGAUCCAGAACUCAGCCAUCAAAUUAGCACCGGUAUGUCCCCUAUAUCGGGGGCGACUAUCAAAGACUCGAACUAUGACUUAAUACAGCAGUCGCCAAAUGAUGUCAAGGAAGAUGUAACAUCUGCAUCUCCGAAAGAGACUCUCUCAGUAGGUCAGAAUCAAAUUCAAGGAAGCUAUUCGCCUGCAGCUGCAUCAAGGAAAAGUUAUUGUGCUCAGACAAAAAAAUAUAUGAAAUAUAUUAAUCGAGGAUACCUAACAGAGGGAGCUCAGGAAGAAGCACACACAGUAUGCAGUAGCAAAUGUCCUCGCCAUAGGGCUAGGCAAUGCCAGUGUUUGCCAGUGUCCCCUGGUACAAGUCAACGAACGGACGCAAUCCAGGACUACAAGGAGGAACAGUACCAAGCUUACGACGGAGACAAUACAGUUGUUCAUCAAGUAUCCUCGCAUCAUGAUCUCGAAAUGCGCACAGCAGGUCGCACGGAAAAGGCUUCGCCAUUUUGUGCUCCAUUGACCUCGGAUGAUAGCUGUGAGCCUCAUCCAGUUGAAUGUUACUGCGACUUCAGCCGCAAUGUCGUGAAAUUAAACUCUUCUUGCUGCACUGAGUAUACAGGACGGUCUAUGGCUUCGUCACCCGAGAAGUCACAAGAGAGUGUCCCCGAAAAUACCGAUCAUCAUUCCCCCUACGAAUCAACGUAUCAGCAAAGCUACGGUAGCUCUGCGGUUCCAGUACGCGUACACCGGAAUGUAAAUACCAGCUGUUAUGACGAGGAUAAUUGUACGUCUGCUGAGGCCAGCCCUGAUUACUCAAGUUUUCCCGGCCACAGUCAGUACGGGUCCUGUGCAACUGAUUGCACCGGACGUAGACGCUCAGGACGUAAUUUCUCCAAUGACAGUUAUCAUGAGUCACAGGCAGCGUCAGGGAGUCUUGGGUGUGAACAGUACUCGGAUGGCAGAGCAAUUAUUCCGCCCAUGCAGUCACUAGUUCCAAGCCAGCCUAACUAUGCUGAGGCUAAGACAGGACUGCCGAUUAUGAUCUGCGAGAAGCGUACGCGCUCUGUCACCUUCGAGGACGAGAGCGGAAAAGUACGCAGGAUGCGCAAUGUUGUUGAGCACUGUCGAAGCAAAAUAGAAUGGGAGAAGGUCUUAACCCAUCUGGAUUGCGAUGCGGACAUCAGUCACUCGGAUGCUGCCUUCGGAGGAAACAAUUCCACAGAUGACGAAGAAUGCACUUGUACUUGCCGGUCAAGUAGCUCUGCCGGCACCGAGAUCACCUGCGUAGAGUCAAACUGUGAUCUUGAUGAUGACUUCUGCAACAACGAACAUAGCUCUAGAUCGCAGCCAAACUGCGGUAGCUUGCCGAAAUUUAAUCACUGCCCCUGCAUGCUCAGAACUUAUGUCAGUCUGGCCUCCAUCUGCACGCCAAACAGCCGAUCCAUUCAGUAGGAUCAGCCUUGGUGUCAGCACAAAUUUUAGUUACGUUUUUACAAUCUUUAUUAUACAACUUCGAGAGCCCUAAGAACGUU